GCUCACCAAAACAAAGAUGCCCAGAGCUUUCCUCGUGAAGAAAACUUGCGUUUCUACCGGCAAGAGGAAUUGGAGCGAACUUCCCGAUGAAGAAAGAGGCGAGAUCUACGUCCCAGUCUCCUUGGGCGGCUAUGCCCUGUGGAAGGAUCUGGAGCCUUCAGUGGCCGAGCCGCCGUCAUACCCGAUGCCCUUGGACAUGACGAUACGGAGCUCCACCUACACGGCCGCCCAGCCCCAUUGCACAGCCCAGGUCCCAAGUGGGGUGCCUCAGGAUGAAGAGCCGGGGUUCUUGCACCCCAAGAUCAAGGUGACGCAAGGCGACGGCCCCGGGGAGCAGUUCUCCUGCCCCUACUGCAAGAAGGGCUUCUCCUACCAGCGCAUGCUGAACCGCCACUUGAAAUGCCACAGUCAGGUGAAGCGCCACCUCUGCCCCUACUGCAACAAGGGCUUCAACGACACCUUUGAUCUCAAGCGCCAUGUCCGGACGCACACAGGCGUCCGCCCUUACAAAUGCGACCUCUGCGACAAGGCUUUCACCCAGCGCUGCUCGCUGGAGUCUCACCUGAAGAAGAUCCAUGGGGUGCAGCAGAGCUAUGCCUACAAGGAGCGCCGCGCCAAGCUGUACGUCUGCGAGGAGUGCGGCUCCACAGCCGACAGCCAGGAAAGCCACUUGCGCCACCUCCAGGAACGCCACCCCGACAGCCCACUGCUGCGCAAGGCCACGCGCAAGACGGCUGCCGCUGUCCACGCUGGCGUGGCACCCACCCUGCUGCAGGGGGGGCCUUGCCUCUGAAAUGUGCGCCUGAGU